AAACAGCGGUAAAACAUUUAAAAUUCUAACGGCUGCGAUCGCCCUGAGAUCAGUGCAUCGCUGGAAGACCCGUGAGUCGGUGUCGGACCUGGUAAAUGAACAAAGAGAAUAUAAUGUCCCGUUUACCGGUCAUGUCCGGAAAACGGCCUCACUCCAGUAUCGCGGAUGGAGAGCAUCAGCAGCCUACACUGAAAUUACGUAAGGUUGAGGGAGGGACUUCUCAAAAACUCCGACCUGCUGCCAGUGUGGCGCCCCCCAGACGUCCUGUGCCAGCCAAAGCAGCCACCAAGCCUCUUCGUCCAACUGGAGCGGUGACUCUGGCAGCAGCCCCCUCAAGAGGUAACAUGAAAAAGUCAUCUGCAGCUGCAGCAGUUGCUAAAGGUGUUGGCACAUCAAGAAGACCAGGAUGGGACUUGAAGGGGAAAGUCAGCGACAUGGAGAACAAAAUCCAGAACUACCAGAGCCGAAUUAAGUCUGUUAACCAGGAAAAUGAGAGCCUCAAAGAUUGCUUUGCAAAAGUGCAAAAAAACGAGGCUGAGAUUCAAGUGGAAAACAGAAGAUUAAAGCAACGUCUAAGGGAGCUUGAGGAGGAGCUGGCUAAGCUAGCAACAGUGAAAUUUGACCUGGAGAAAACUUCUGAAGAGAGAGAUGGCCUGCAGAAAGACCUGAAGAAGCUAUCAGAUGAACACAACGUUUUACAGAGUCUCAGACAUGACCUAGAAACAGAGCUCCACAAUAUGCAGAGCCAACUCUCGGUUCAGACCUCUGCUCUAGGCCGCUGUCAGGACAGUUUGCGGGAGAGUCAGGAGGCUGUAAAAAGCUUGGAGCAGAUAGUGGCACGGCAACAGGAUGACCUCCACUAUGGAGAAAUGGAACGCAGGAAACUCCACAACACCAUCCAGGAGUUGAAGGGUAACAUCAGAGUAUUCUGCAGGGUCCGCCCUCUGCUUCUCAACAAGGAAGUGAGCAUUCCACACAUUCAGCUGCCUGCUCAUGAUGACAAGUCGCUAACGCUUGCAAAAAUGGAAGAGUCCCACGUAGGACGCGCCACUGACAUGCAGAAAAGCUACAAUUUCAACUUUGACCGGGUGUUUGGGCCACGCAGCUCCCAGAGCGAGGUGUUUGAGGAGAUAUCCCUUUUGGUGCAGUCAGCUCUAGAUGGCUACAAUGUCUGUUGCUUUGCAUACGGACAGACAGGCAGUGGCAAGACUUUUACAAUGGAAGGAGAGGACAUGGAUGAACUGCGAGGAGUCAUCCCUCGAGCUGUCCAGCAGAUUUUCAAGUGUGCCAAGUUGCUUGGCGAGCAAGGCUGGCAGUACACUUUUACAGCCAGCUUUGUUGAAAUUUACAAUGAAACCUUGCGGGAUCUACUCUACACGGGCAAACCCAACAAGAGGCCAGAACAUGAGAUUAGGAAGACUUCAAACAAUGAAGUAACAGUCACCAAUCUGACCUACCAAAGAGUCAACACAGAGGAUGAGGUUUGCAACUUGAUCAUUUUGGCAAACCAGAAUAGGUCCACUGCCCGGACAAACAUGAAUGACCAUUCCUCCCGCUCCCAUUCCAUUUUCCAGUUGGACAUUGAGGGAGCAAACGUUGGCCGAGGCACCAAGUGCAAGUCCUCCCUGUGUCUGGUGGACUUGGCUGGCAGUGAGAGGGUCCAGAAGAGCCAGUCUCAAGGAGAACGAUUUAAGGAGAUGACCGCCAUAAAUUCUUCUCUCACCAAUUUGGGCAUUGUGAUCACUGCUCUGGCCAACAAGGAGAGUUUUGUGCCAUAUCGCAACUCUAAGCUUACCUACCUUCUUCAGGGAUGUCUUGGCGGAAAUAGCAAGACUUUGAUGUUUGUAAACAUUUCACCGGAAGAAGACAGCUUCAAUGAAUCACUCAAUUCACUUCGCUUUGCCAGCAAGGUGAAUGACUGUGUUAUUGGGACAGCCACUGCCAAUCGGAAGUAGCCCCAUCUUCAAUUCCCCUUAAUGAUCUUCUGCGAGCUUUUUUACUUUCAUUAUUUCCAAUGUUCGUUUUGUAGAUUGUCUUGGAAUUUUAAAUACUUCAUAUUAAGAACAUCCAAUAUUUUAAUCCAUUUAUCACUGCAUUUUAAUCAGUAUUUUUAAAGCAUAAUAAAGUUGUGUAGUUGAA